GCUAAGGUAGCUAGCUGACAGCUCGGCUUGCUGUCAAUAGCUGGCUGCUUCCUUCCGGUGACGGUCGAGAACGCCGAAGAUCGUCUUGUCGAUGCCGGAUUGAAGCCGGUGACGACGUGGGGAGGAGGGCAACCCGAGUGGAGUGUGUGGCAGUGGCUUUUGAAAUGGAGACGGACAGGCGUUAAAAAAAGUGUGCGUUUAUCGAAGCUAACCAGCUAGCUAACUACCUAGCGGCUCACCCCUCCUCUCUCCCUCCCGCCCCCCCGCCUUCCUCGGCUUGCCAGUUUACGGCAGCUCGCUCGGUGCGUUUCGUCCAGCCGUCUGCCGCCGACGACGCCGCCGCUGCACCGGAGCUCUCCCGCUAAAAAUGAAGAAGUUCAACAUUCGCAAGGUGCUGGACGGCUUGACAGCGGUCUCCUCUUCCUCGUCGGCGGCCGCCCAGACCGGGGCCUCCAAGGAGAACGACGCCGUGCAGGAGAGCCUGCAGUCGGAGCAUUUCCAGCUUUGCAAGACGGUGCGUCAUGGUUUCCCGCAUCAGCCGUCCUCCAUGGCCUUUGACCCGGUGCAGAAAAUCCUGGCCGUCGGGACCCUGACCGGAGCUUUGAGGCUCUUCGGCCGAGCGGGUGUGGAGUGCUACUGUCAACACGAGAGCGGCGCUGCCGUCAUCCAGCUCCAGUUCCUCAUCAACGAGGGGGCGCUAGUGAGCGCCUUAGCGGAUGACAGCGUCCAUCUGUGGAACCUGAGACAAAAGAUCCCUGCCAUCCUGCAUUCCCUCAAGUUCAACAGGGAGAGACUCACGUACUGCCACCUGCCCUUCCAGAGCAAAUGGCUUUACAUUGGCACGGAAAGAGGAAACAUCCACAUCGUCAACGUGGAGUCCUUCACCCUCUCAGGCUACGUCAUCAUGUGGAACAAAGCCAUCGAACUAUCCACCAAGACACACCCAGGGCCCGUAGUGCACAUCAGUGAUAACCCCAUGGACGAAGGAAAGCUCCUGAUCGGAUUCGAGUGCGGGGUCGUGGUGUUGUGGGACCUGAAGUCCAAAAAGGCCGACUACCGCUACAAUUACGAUGAGGCCAUCCACUCAGUCGCCUGGCACCACGAAGGAAAACAGUUUGUCUGCAGCCACUCGGACGGCACUCUGACCACAUGGAAUAUACGAGCCCCCGCCAAGCCUGCGCAGAUCAUCACGCCGCAUGGAAAGCAGCCCAAGGAUGGCAAGAAGCCAGAGCCAUGCAAGCCCAUCCUGAAGGUGGAGUACAAAACAACACGGGCUGGGGACCCCUUCAUGGUUCUGUCAGGAGGACUGUCCUACGACACGGUAGGAAGGAGAGCCUGUCUGACCGUGAUGCACGGGAAGAGCACCGCCGUCCUGGAGAUGGACUUCCCCAUCGUGGACUUCCUCACGCUGUGUGAAACGCCAUAUCCAAACGACUUUCAGGAGCCAUACGCAGUGGUGGUCCUCCUGGAGAGGGAUUUAGUCCUCAUUGAUCUCGGGCAGAUCGGGUACCCGAUAUUUGAGAACCCGUAUCCCCUCACCAUUCACGAGUCCCCGGUGACCUGCUGCGAGUACUUCGCCGACUGCCCGGCCGAACUCAUUCCUGCACUUUACUCCGUCGGCAGCCGGCAGAAGAGGCAAGGUUACAGCAAGAAGGAGUGGCCAAUCAGUGGGGGAAACUGGGGUCAAGGCACACAGAGUUACCCAGAGAUUAUGAUCACGGGGCACGCCGAUGGCUCCAUUAAGUUUUGGGAUGCCUCUGCAUUGAUGCUCCAAGUGCUGUACAAGCUGAAGACGGCCAAGGUGUUUGAGCGGGCGCGAGGCAAAGAGGACAAGGCCAAUGCAGACAUCGUGGAGGAGGACCCUUUUGCCAUCCAGACCCUGUGCUGGUGCCCCGAGAGCAGGAUGCUGUGCGUGGCCGGCGUGUCGGCGCACAUCAUCGUCUACAGAUUCAGCAAGCAAGAGGUCACCGCCGCCGAAGUGCAGCUCUUGGAGGUACGCCUGCAGUGCGAGCUGAGCGACGUGGACUCGCCCGACCCCACCGGAGAGCAGACCCCCACGCUGCCCACAUCGGUCGGAGCGCCCCCCAGCCCCCAGGAGGCGGAGCCCGCCACUCAGCCCUCCACCGGCAGCACCUCGUCGGACGGGCCGCGAGACAACACACCCUGCCUGCAGGUGCGGAGCGCCGCGCUCAAGCAGUCUCCUGGCUACCAGGUGGAGCUGGUCAUCCAGCUGGUGUGGGUGAGUGGGGAGCCCCCUCAGCAGAUCACCAGCUUGGCCAUAAACUCCUCGUACGGGCUAGUGGUGUUCGGGAACAGUAACGGUCUGGCCGUGGUGGACUACCUCCAGAAAACACUGCUUCUCAACCUGGGCACAUCGGAGCUCUACAGCCCCUCUGAGCCCUACCAGAGGCAGCCUCGCUCCCCACGCAAAGCCCGGCAGCCCUCUGGAGCGCUGUGCGAUUCCAACGACGGGCCCAACACCUCCGAGGAGCGCUGCAAAUCGCCGACUUCAGGAUCCACCUCGCCGUGCGAUUCCGACGAGGACCGAAAGGCCAAGUUCAUAAAAAAGGUGAAGUACAAAAGCAGACGCUUUUCCAAGACGGUUGCCAAUGACUUUGCCAGGAUGUCGAGGAAAAUUAGCUCGUCUAACGAGCAAAAGCCAAACACGGAGUGGCGCUCCCUGCCGUGUCGGAAUCGCAUUUGUCACUCUGACGACGGCAUGACGACGAGCAGGAAGAGCGUCAAGCUGGUCUUCUCUAGAACCAGCUCAGACGUCAACUUCAACUCCAAGGACAACUCGUUCAGCCGCUCGCGUAGUUCAAGCGUGACCAGCAUAGACCGAGAGUCCCGUGACGCCAUUUCCUCCUUUUGCUUCUGCGAGACCUUCCCCAGGAAGACGGAGAGUCUGCUGGGCCCCUGCGUGCUGGUGGGCACCACCCAGGGCACCGUCACGAUGGUGGCCGUCAGCCCGCCCCCCGGUGGGGACCAGCGGCUGCUGCAACCGGUCGGCAUCUCCUCCUGCGGCACCGUGGCCAGACUCAAAGGAGGCGUUCUGACCAUGGCGCUGCUGGACGCCACCGGGGCUCUGCUGCCCGCCUCCUACGAGCCCUGGUACGACUCCAACGCCUCCGACGAGGAGAAGGAGAAAAGCAGGAGGCGCCGGCCGCCCACCCCGCCUUCAUCGCAGGACAGCCAGGACUCCCAGUUUGCCGUGCUGUGCUCGGAGAAGCAGGCCAAGGUCGUGGCCAUGCCGUCUCAGACGCGCGUCUACAAACACAACAUCACCGAGUCGUCCUUCGUGCUGAGGGCCGACGUGGUGCAGAUGGCCGGCGCCACCUGCAUCGCCUGUUUCUGCGCCAACGGCCACAUCAUGACGCUGAGCUUGCCCAGUCUACGGCCGCUCCUGGACGUCAACUACCUGCCGCUCACCGACAUGCGGAUAGCCAGGACGUUCUGCUUCUCCAACCUGGGACAGGCCCUCUACCUCACCUCCCCCACCGAGGUCCAGAGGAUCACCUACAGCCAGGACACCUGCGACAACCUGCAGGAGAUGCUGAGCGAGUUGUUUACUCCCGUGGAGACACCCGAGGCUCCCAACAGAGGUUUCUUCAAAGGCCUCUUUGGCGGAGGAGCCCAGUCUCUGGACCGCGAGGACCUAUUUGGCGAAACCACCGCCGGGAAGGCCUCGCGCAGCCUGGCCCAGCACAUCCCCGGCCCGGGCAGCAUGGAGGGCAUGAAGGGUGCCGCGUCGGGCGUCGUCGGGGACCUGGCCCGCGCCAGGAUAGCCCUGGACGAACGAGGGCAGAAACUGGGAGAGUUGGAGGAGAGGACGGCCGCCAUGAUGGCCAGCGCAGAAUCCUUCUCCAAACACGCUCAUGAUAUGAUGGUGAAAUAUAAAGACAAGAAGUGGUACCAGCUCUGAUGGCGGCUCGCGGAUGAGCACUGUGGACGCUAUAAACGCACACACACACACACACACACACACACACCAGUAUGGCCGAAGAGGAGGUGCACAUCCUUUUGGAGGUGGGGACUUUUUUGUGUGUUUUUUUUUUUUUAUGGGCAGCACAGAAACAUCACCUCACAAAACAUGCUUCCUCCACGCACGGCCCACCGGAAUCGGGAGUGAGGGAAGCACUUUUGGGAACGUUUGGGAUUAUGAAGCAUCUCCUACCUUUUGAAUAAGGGCUGGUAAUACACUCGCAAUGACAUCGUUCAUCACCAGGCAUUACUUCCACAGUACGUAUUUAUUCUUAGAAUAUUACAUUUGACAUAUUAUUAUAUUGGAGAUGUUUACCGCCCCCUGCUGACCAGGACUUGACAUUGCAGACACUGGAAACACCCUGGAGUUAUUAUUACUAUUAUUAAUCAUUGUAUAUUUUGGUAAGCGUUCUUAACGCCUAUCCCCCCCAACCCCCCACCCCCCCAAACGAGGAAGGAAAACCACCUGUCAAAUCCAUACCGUUUAUGAUGCCGACUGUUUUGUCAAAUAUCCCUAUUAUGGCAAUCGGCACCAGUAUCUUAUUUUGGUAUCACCAGUCCCCUGUAUAUGUUUUUUUAAUAACACAUAUGUGAGAAUAUCGCUAAUUGCCGUAUGAGUAUCGACACCAGUAUCGGAAAGCACGGCUUUGGUGUGAGCUGCUGGUCCAGGCCUGUUUUAGCUGAGUCAUCUGGAGAUGAAAAUAUAUGGAAAAUAGAGCAAAAAUUAUGUCUUUCAUAGCACAGAGUUUAAAACUCAAAGAAAAAUACAUACAUUUUAAAGUCAUAAUAUGAGAAAUAUAAUGUAAAGG